CGGGGGGGCACAGUCACCUGGCGUCCCCAGCCGUGGCAGGAUGGGAAUGGGGGAGGAGGAGAACCUCUGUCAGACAGCGACUCAGAGGAGGAGGACUUCCCUGAUGACAGCACCACGCCGUUGGGCGACUACAUCACACACGGGUCAGACAGACAUACAGAGUGCAAACAGUCUGCAGAGUGUAAGACAAAGAGCCGGUGAAGAAACGGGUGACUUGAGGAAAGGAGCAGGGACCAACUGCCCUGAAGUGAAGGCCUAUCAAGGACAGUCAGAUAAGAAACUCUAUAUUGAGCAUCUUUCCCAUGGGAAACUUCACCUAACUGCAACCUAAUAAAAUUAUCAAAAACCACACAGGGAAACACUGGUCUAUAAUAAUGAAGCACGCAAGGUGAAACAGUAAACACUGUAAAAUAUCACAUUUCCAUCACAGCUAGAGAGGGUGUUACUGGGUAUUUGGAAACUAGCCCUUGAAGAGUUUGUGUGACUCAUUUAGUUUCCCAACCCUUUUCUCUCCCUGUGUUUCUCUCUCUCUGUUCCUUCUCUGUCUGCUCUUUCUCAUUCUUACUCAUCCCUCCUUCUGUCCUCGCCCUUCUCUCUGUUUCUCCUCCCCCUUUCUGCCAUGUUGUAGGAUUGAAGCAGCUCCUGGAUGCUCAGCAGCUGUGUGAUGUGACUCUACUUGUUGAGGGAAAGAAGUUCAUGUGUCACAGAGUCCUCUUAGCUGCCGUGAGCCCGUACUUUCGGGCCAUGUUCACCAGCCCUCUGGUAGAGUCUCGCCUCACUGAGAUCCGACUGGAGGAAGUGACGCCGUCUGUCAUGGAGACUGUCAUCCAGUUUGUGUACACCGGUGAGGCGGGGCUCUCUCUGGACACAGCUGAGGAUCUGUUUGUGGCCGCCAACCGGCUUCAGGUCAUGCCCCUUCAGGACCUGUGCUCCAGGUUUUUAUUUGAGCACCUCUCAGUGGAUAACUGCCUGGGGAUGUACUCUCUGGCUCGCUCUCACCACGACCAGCUGCUGCUGCGUGCCUCCCUGCGGCUGGUAGCUCAGCACUUCCCCCGGGUGGCCCGGCAGAAAGACUUCCUCCUGCUGGACCACGGCACCUUAGGCAGCCUCCUGAGCUCUGACCGCCUGGGGGUGGACUCUGAAGCGGAGGUUUACGACGCAGCACGCCGCUGGGCAGAGCACCAGCCCUUGGAUCGCUACGCCCACAUGCCGGCGCUGCUUCACCACCUGCGUCCUGGGCUGCUAUCCCAGGAAGAGAGCCGAAGACUGAGCCAGGAGUUGGGGCCCGCUGCUGCUGGUGAGGGCCUUGGGGGGCCUCUGAGACCACGAGAGGGCAUGUUUGAGAAAAAGAUUGUCUGUGUGGACCUGACACCUCGGGAAGAUGAAAAUUUAGCUGCAAGAGACUACACGGUGGACUGCUUUGAUCCUCGGACAGGGAAGUGGGAGAAGUUAGCAGCGCUGGGUUCGCUGGUCAGUCCCGGCUGUACAGCUGUAGGUGACCGGCUGUUUGUAGCAGGUGGGAUUCUGCGGACAGGCUCUGUGUCUGCAGCCGUGCAUGAAUAUGAUGCAGUGUUGGACCGCUGGAUAGAGCGGCCUUCGAUGGUCCAGCCCCGGGCUAUGCUAGGCCUGCUGGGCUGUGGAGAAUCACUCUAUGCCUUGGGUGGUAGUAACCGCUCAGCCCUGCUGGACUCCAGUGAGACCCUGGAGCUGACUACACUUCAGUGGGCUCCGGGGCCUCGGUUACCGCUCCCUCUGCGCGCCUUUGCCUGCUCAGCGUUACGUGGACGGCUUUACCUUCUGGGUGGAACCACACUUGAACAGAACCGAGCCGUGGUUCACUCUGGGGUGCUUAUUUAUCACACCCUAACAGACUGCUGGACACGUGUGGCUCUGGACUCAGGCGCCACCUGUCUCGCUGGAGGAGUAGCAGUGCGUGGAGGAGUCUGUGCCAUUGGAGGAUACAUGAGGGAUACCACAAAGUUCCUGGAUGGAAACUACACCAAUUUGGAGACUUUAGACGCCACUGGGCGUGUACUGUUUUUCAGAGAGGGCAGGGGUUCUGGAGUAGAGAGGGAGGUGACUGGGGGAGGGGUGAUGGUCACCGCGGAGCAGCGGGGGGGCGCAGGUGGUGGAAGCGACCGAGCCCCAAGCCCUGUGGUGUUUCCCGGGCUGCCGCGCCGCAUUGCAGCUGGGGGUGUGGCCAGGUGGAAACGCAGGAUUUAUGUGCUGGGUGGGGAAAACGGUUCACGCUUCUAUGACAGUGUGUACUGUUGGAAGCCCGGCUGGCGCAGCUGGGUCCAGAGACGUGAGAAACUCCCUGGGGACACUGGAGGCGUGAGCCAGUUUGGAUGUACCACUUUAAAGUUCCCUAAGAAACAUAUCCUGUCCAGACUGAGACUAGCCAAAGAAAACUGCAAGAAAGCCGCUGACUAGCUUGAUAGAGACCAGGAUGACUGAAGUUGAGGCAGCUGUUUAUGUGACACAGAGAUGAGCUCCAGGAUGGGUUUGAAUUCGCUCCUCCUUGACCGCAUGAAGUGUUGGUGUUGAGAUGAACACACAAGGAAGAGACCAUUUACACAAUCUGAGUAAGUGCAGCCACAGGGUAGGUCUGCAAAGGACUGGACGCAGACCGACCUUAUGAAACGGAUUAGGGAUAGUAAAAUGUACAGGCAGGGAGCAAGUGGAGCCAGAAACUGGUUAGAAGUCAGGCAAGAUGCACCUGACUGUGACCUAAUUUUGUCAGAACAGUCCUUUGAGAGAGAUGAGGGCCUUUUGUAGUUGUUUUCUCUUCUCUAAGUAUAAUGUCAUUUUUAGCUAAUAUUUUAAGGGUGUUUGGAAACCCUGUCAGUGCUGUGAAUGUCUCAGCAGUGUUUAGUGUAGACACAAGGAGACUGGCACAUGUCUGACCAUGUCAUGUUCCAUUUAAUUUACCUGAACCUUGUUUCCUGUCUAAUGUGGGCCUGUAAAGCCCUUUUGAAACUGCAUUUAAGGGCUAUAAGGAUAAACUUGACUUGAGUGGAAGCACAUCAUAGUAAACACAUUUUUUCAUAAAACCACUUGGAUGUAGACAUUUUUUUACUUUUACCAUCAGUUUUUUUUAACUAAUAGUCAAAAUAGAAAGAAAAAUGUGUUUGCCCAAUCUCUUGGAACUAGUCAUCUCUCGACUAAACUCUUGCAAAGCCUUGUUUGGUCUCACUAAGCAGGCAGUCACAUCUCUCCAACUGAUCCCAAAUAUGGCAGCCCAUGUGUAGAACACAGACCAGAUAAUGUCUUUUUACUUGGUAGAAAUUGUGCAUAUGUUCACUGUUCUUAAUUGCUUUUAUAAUGGUCUUUCCUCAAAGAAGUGGGACAGACAGGGCUGGAUAAUAUGCAAAAUAAUUAAUUAAAAAGAUGAUAGCCAGAACACCAUCUUCCAUAUUAUUUCUAUAGGUGUGAAACUGGGGUGAGAUCUGGAGACUAUAAAGACCGCAGCAUUUUAGUCACAAUUCAGUGUAUCCCGGUGCACAGAAAAAUCCACAUUUCAUGUUUCUCCACUGUUAUACUCAGCUAAAUACUUUUAAGUAUUUAGACAAAACUACAUGUUUGUAAAGAUGACUCACAGUAUCCUUGUGUCCACACUACCACUCUCUAUCCAACACCUUUCCUCCUAACCCUUCAAGCCAGCAGUUGUCUUUACUUGUGAAUGUGUUUAGCAUGGAGGUUAUGGAUUAUCUGAACACAUUAGCACUGCAUCUAAUUUAUUGAAAUGUAUUUGAAAGGUUUUUUUUGUUGUUGUUGUUUUGAAACUUUUGCUCUGACUGCUGUGACCGGGGCUUCCUAUAGGAUGGCAGUACAAGCUUAGACAGCUGCGAGCAGAUGUGUUUCGAUCUGAAAGUAACUGCAGGUUUAAAAGUAAAUUCUGAUUUUGUGAAAGGUCAGAAAGUUUGCCCAAAAAUGUAAGCACAUUGUUUUCCUGUAAGCCACUAUGUUUUCUGUCAUCUUUUUUUUUUUUUCUUUUCUUCCAUUUUUGAUCAAAUCAAGAUCUUUCUGCUGGAGAUAUGUGUGCACAUCAAAAACACUGCCAGCUGCGUCUGAAAAAGACCCAGUACUACCAGGAAAUAUAAACAGGGAUCAUAUUAGAAAUGUGUUUAAGACUCCCAGCAUCACAGAAUCUGGAGUUAAUCAUUUUUGCCAUUAUGGAGGUACUCUAAUUCAUGUAACCGAAGGCGUAAUGUCAGAUAUGACGUUACAAUUAAUGGGUUUCAAAUGAUAAAACUCGGCAGGGAAUUCUUUUCGAAGUCAGUGCUUGCUGCUCUCUCUUAACAAUCCAAGUUUUAUACAUUACUGCAGGCCAGAUAUUAAAUACAGGAUGUAACUUUUAGAUUGGCGAUCCAGAUUUAUACAGUUUAGAUACUGUAAAUACAUUAUCAGCCUCAAACAGGAAAUUAAGAUGGAUACUGGAUGUGCUUCUGUAUUGGCAAAAUUGUUUUCUUCCAACUCUUCCUACUGAGAUGAGGCAAAGUGUCACUCUAUACAGGAUCGAAGACCUCACAUUAGGCUGUAGACCAGUUUGUCUCAGAACUCAGCCUUCCACUGAAUCAACCAACCAAUAGGCUCAAAAGUACAUUUCAUCAUUUUCAGUCAAACCGCCCUGCCUUGUUGAUUUUUCCAAAGUGUUACCAUGGCUCCGUCUCAGUUCUCCCUUGAGAACAGAAUAGUGGAACUUCCCCAGUUUCCCAGCUACAGUAUAGCGGCUGAUGUUUUAACACAACAGCCGAGUUAUUUCUAGCAAGCAGAAGAAGUCCUCGGUGACACAGCUGCCACUUCACAGCUUGAUUAUCACAUCCUGAUCUCUAAUCUACAUCUGGAUGCAUAAUACAUUGCAUACUUUCAGUUCACAAUAUGCAAUGAACACAUAAAAUCAAUUAGUAUUUUCAUCACCCAAUACCCGAUAAGAAGAUUCUUGAUCAGUAGUGGUGUAUUGAUAUGUCAUCACUUGUGCGCUUUCCUGUCUUUUCCAGUGCCAUGUGCAGACUCAGCAGGGAGGAGUCAGGCGGGGGGAUAGGUGAUCUGGAAGAGUUCACACCUGUUGAAUAUCAUGUGAACUGUGUGUCUGACCAAAAUAAUAAGAAGCAGGAAUCCUUAACCAGUAAGGUUUUUGAGCUUUAUUUCAUUAGUAAGUUCACUAGUCAAACACAACAAAUGUAGUUUGUUAUUUUUUUGUUUGUCAUUUUAGUUGGUUAAGAGAUGUGAGCUUCAGUUCUUGUUUCAUUUCAAAUAACAUGCUCUGAACUAUUUUCACCUUGAGCUGUUUUUCUUUCUCUCCGUGUGCUUACGUGUAUGACAUGUGAAAAGUGAUUGUGUACGCAUGCAUGUUUUCUAUGCCGAGGCGUAAAUCUGUUCUACACACAAGCUCUUUGCACUCAUCCACGCACACGUGCUGUGUGUCCUGUCAGAGGAGUGGAGCUGCCCCCCAUUUGUAUAAUCUAAUGAGUUUGUGAACUGAAAGGCAAAUGGAUGUUUUGAUGAAAGCAGUGCUCUCAAAUGAUUAAAGGACUAUUUGCUUA